UGUGCAGCCUUUCUGAAUCAGGAGCCCAGCUUAACAGCCGAGCCUGCAUGAAAGGUACUAUUGUGCAUGGCAAGAACACUCCACUAAGGGAGAGAUUGCUUCCUCUUAUGGCAAAAGACAAGUGAAAAUUCCCAGCUCAUCUCCUUUAAGAUGCCGCUGAUUUCUCCCUCCAGCUGGGCAUAAUACACUGGACCUGUCAGUGUGCCAGCGGCUGUGUGCGCUUCAUGCAGCUUGUGCCUUUCUGGAGUCAGGGUGGACAAUACGCACUGUACAAAGUGCCAGCUCUCAGAAAGUCAAGGAUCUAAUUGUGAAGCUCUGCGUCGUUAACCGAGGGGGGAAGUUAGGUUUCCUGCCCCUCGUAGCAUGGGAGCGGCUCAUGGAAAAAAGAAGGAAUACUCUCUCCACUCUAAGCAUCAUAAUAAUAAUAAUGGAAAGCAUGUUAUCAAUGGCACAGCCUCCAUGUACUCUGAUAUACAGAGGGACCCACCUGAUUUAGGAAGUAUUUUGGCUCAUCCUGAUUAUCUGGAAGCAAACACUGAACUCAUCAAACCCAAGAAACUCCAAAAUCCGGUAAAAGCAUCUAGAAGUCACCAGGAGCUCCACCGGGAACUGCUAAUGAACCAUCGGAGGGGUCUGAGUAUUGAUAAGAAGCCAGAGCUCCAGAGAGUGUUGGAGAAUCGACGGAGAGACAAGAUCGUCCAGCAGAAGAAAGAGGAAGAGGAGAUCAAGAAGAUGCAAUCUCCCUUUGAACAAGAGUUACUAAAGAGACAGCAGAGACUGGAACAGCUUGAAAAGGAACAAGAAGAACCGAAGGAAGAAGGUCAUGCCCCAGAAUUUAUAAAAGUGAAAGAGAGCUUAAGGAGAACGGCCACACUACCCAGCGAUGACCGAAUGUUGUAACGCCAGCAGGCUUGAAGUUUUCUGUCGAGCUGAAUUCAUCGCGCCACCUGGGCAUCUGACAUUGCAGACGUGUCUCUUCAAGGAAUUCUCCCUAAUCCUAACUGCAGUGCGUACCACGACUUCCUGUCCACAGAAGCGGAGUACCGUUCUAUCUACAGCCACUUCAGUGUUGAAUACAUGAUGCUUAGCCCUAUCACUUGGGGGGGGGGGGGAACCGUUACAUGACCACAUGUGGCUGUGAAGAUUCGUGGCUAAGCUGAUGUGUUGCCUACGCUUUCCGUGUGACAUCACUUCUUCUGUAGGUUACCAUGUGUAUGUGCUGUACAUCCUAUCAUAUGUGGAGAAGGGACUGCCGGUACGGAGACUGGCAAACAUCAUGAAUAUAGUGGAGUUUGCUGCUUAUAUACUCUGCAUGUUGUGUACAAGAUGCAAGUGUUUCAUAGCCAUAGGUGACUGCCAUAUGAGGUGUUGUCACAUGACCAAUCAAGGCUUCUGUGCUGUAUCGACCCCAUGAUGGGGCAAAUGCUACAUUCCAGUUGAUGUAACCACCAGGACUUCAAGAUCUUAGAAAAAAAAAGUGCAUUCCAUGGUACUGACCAGAGCAAGAGCGCAUUUUUGUUUUCGACCACAAGGUGGAGCAGUGCAAAUGCACAACACUUUAUUUCCAAACCCCCCAAAGGAGUUUGGCAAACCCCUAAUGAGUUCUGGACCCCAGAGCCAGCGACUUGAUGUUGCUGAAAUUCAUUUUGGGAUUCACCUAGACGCAACAAAGGUCUAAGGUGCUUUAGAUGAUUUCUCAGGCAUAGAUAAAGGCCAGUGUGUGUUCAAGCCUUAAUGAUAUACAGUUUAUGAAAUGAAUGAAUGCCAGUAAAAGGAAAGGGAUCAUAUUCUUCAAUGCUAUACGGUAGGGUAGGCUAAAAUAACUAUGUAAUAAAAUAGAACUGUGCCCCA